UAAUUUAUGCUAUUAUAGAAUAUAGAAUUCCCGCCGGACCCCUUGCUGUUUAGUCCAUUUUAUAUACUAUUAUUAUAGAGUUUCAAAUGGCCUCCAAGUUCGUCGCCCUGUCUGUUCUCCUCCUACAACUUGCGGCAAGCACUUUCUCCAUACACUUGCCACAUUAUGGUGGACAUCCGGAGAAGGGAAUUCCUGGAGGUCCAGCAGGUGGAAUUCCAGGAGGUCCGGCAGGUGGAAUUCCUGCACAGCAAGGGGGUCCGGCGGGGGGAAUUCCUGCUCCUGGAGCGGGAGUAGGAGGAGCACAGCCCGGCGGCAACAGCGGGAAAAAGUGGUGCAUUGGGAAAAAAGAUAUUACGACACGCCUUUUGAAGGAUGCUAUCGAGGAGUUGUGCAAAGAGGUCGAUUGCUCGCCCACAGGACCACAAGGACUAUGCUAUGAUGAAUCUAUUUGGUCCAGGGCAUCGUUCGCGAUGAAUCUUAAGUAUCAAAAGAGUGGUAAAAAGGAUUCUGAUUGUGAUUUCCAAGGAAGGGCACAGAUCACCACCAGCGACCCAAGCUGGGGAAAAUGUGUAUUUAUCUCUUCUUAAGAGUUGCAAGGCGAAACAAGUAGGUGUUGAUGGUGUUAUGUAUCAUCAUAUGUACAAGCAAUCGACCUGAAAAAAUGACAUAUGUAAAAGCUACUUAUAAAUAAAUGUUGUGCAUGUUCUCAAUGUGAUAUAUAUUUAGAAUAAAAA